AGCGUUCGAAUCCACGCUCCUUUCUCCCUCUUCCGUACGCGGUGUAUUCGUGUGCUUGUGAAUUCGUUCGAAUACGAAGAGUGCGGACCUUGGAAGCCGUUCGUAGCGGAUCGAGGGAAUCUUUCCGGUUCUCGCGGACGUGAGCCAAGGGGGAUUCUUCUUCUUUUCCCCUCCUCUUCCUCUUCCUCUUCGUCUUCGUCUUCGACCUCCCCGUCUUCCCUGUUCAUCCUAAUGCCGUUCCGUGGCUCCCCCUGUUCUUCUGCAUUUCGUGUUCCUCGCACAGAUACGUGCCUAUUUUAUAGAAUUUUCGUGGUACACCGAAAUCACAAUGAUUGCAUUUGAGAAAACGAACGUUUUCCAUCGAAAUAAUCACGCAGCUGCGUUAUCUUUCCCUCUCGAUCGACAUUGAACCUAAUUGGAUCGUUAAUGGUCGGUUUAUAGCUCGGUUAUAAAGAAAGCGUUCUGGAUGAGGCAGGCGCGUGGUGGAGAAGAAAAAUCUCGGCGAUAGGGAAAUUGGCGUAAUAGCUGGUGUGUUAUGUGGAACGUGGCGGCGAUUUCGCUGGCGACUGUUGGACUUUUCUUUCUUCGACGCGGCUUAUGAUUUUCGCGGUGAAAAGGAAAACGAGCGAAACACGCACGCCACGGAUCCACGCACCCUCGUGUCCUUGGAAAGUCUCGAUCGCGAGAGGAGGUGCCUUCACGGUUUCUGACACUUGGAGCAACGGCAACAGCAGCAGCAGCAAAGCUUGUUCGGCAUGGCAACCGGCCACGGAACCGGCCACCUCUUCGUUCCCUCGAUUCUAAUCGACUGUUCGUCCAGAAACACCUUUCGAUUCGAAUCACCGUGAAAAACCUAUCGUCGAUUCCUUUCGAUCGGGCUGCCGUCGAAUUCUCACUGUAAAUCUGGGCUUCUUACCAGGGUAAAGGGUCUCAGGUACGUUUAUACCAGUUAAACGAGUAAAUCGAUGAAAAAGAAAGGCGCUUCAAAACGAAAGAAAUCAUCCGCGUCGAAGGUGGACGGGAGAAACGUGUAGUCGAGGAAAAGUGCGCGUUAGUCUCGGCCUGAAUCGCCAACUAAUACCUCUUCCUCGUCUCUUUCUCUCGUCUACCUGUCUCUGACAAGAAAUUAAAAUCGCCGCGAAUCGCGACGUCUCGACGAAAGUUUGCGCUGAAAUUCAGCGAGAUUCGCCGAUUCAUUUCGCUUUCUGUGUUUCGUCGUCAUUCGAAAAGGAAUUCACGUUUACCUUGUUGUCUAAGGUAUCAUUUUUUCCCCACCGAAUGAUUUUAUCAUAAUUCCGUGAAGAAUUUCACUGAUACGAUUUCAACCUAGAAUGUUGACGAAUGCGUGUCGGUAGAAACAAACUCUUUCUCGAGCAACGAGCCGCUUAAUCGAAUCGGCAGGCUGGAUAUUAUAAUUGCAGGGGAACACGAGGCCGGGGAAAAAAAGAAGACCUAGUUACACUUUCUUCGCUGUCGCUCGGACAGGAAAUAUCGCGUCUGUUGCUCGGUGUCCUGUAAAAAAAAAAGGAAAUUUCUCUUGUCCUUUCCCUCGAAACUCUUCUGCUCACCGUCCGAUCGUCUUCGUUCUCUACUUUUCUUUUUUUCCCUCCCGUUUCGUUUGACCAAUAUUCACGAGACCGAAUGAUCGAUGGAUCUCGCCGUAGAAAGUGGAGGAAAGAGAACGCGACACCGUCGGUUGUUCUUUGGAAAAUCGUGCACCGCCGCGCCGUCGAGAAAAAGAAAAUCGACAGAGAGGACACGGACCGCGAAAAUGAAAGUGAAGCAACGAAAUUCGUGAUUCGUUAGCUAGACUUUAAUUAGAAACUUAUCGAGAUACUAAUUGAUGCUUAGAAAGGGAGAAGCAACAUUGUCUCGUUGACUGGCAGAUAUGUAGCACUUUCGUUUAGAAAUAUCUCGAUGAUGAACAUUAGAGGUACUCGAUGGUAGCCGAAUAGCAAAGGCGUGAAUAAGCAGGUUCGAUCGGAAAUAGUGCAAGUUCAGAGUGGAACGCGUACAAGGUGACAUCCUGUCGUAGAUGGAACACGUUGAUGGAUUAGAAAUCGUAGUUUUCCUGGAUUGGGCGUCGUCCCGUUCCGAGAUCGGCGAGAGUUACGAGGUUUUCUCUCCCAGGCCGGCAGCGUCGCUCGUUUUUGCGCUAAAAUAACUCUCUUGCCUGUCCCUCGGCUCACCGUUGACUUCUGCAUCUCGCUGUGGAACGACAAAUCGAGGAUCGCGACGUUGAGUUCGUUUCUACGCGAGUAUCCUUUGACGCGGAUGUUCCUUUCUUUCUUGCUGGAUCCAACGAAUUUCCUGCCGACAGAUCGUACGGAUCUUCGUCGAAUAUUUCCAGGAAAUGAUGACUCUUCGAUUAACCUAUGCGAAGCUAUAAGAAAACAUCGUUUGAUCGAUCGAGAAAUCGAUGAAUAAAAGAAUUUUUAAAGGACCAGUUAUACAUUCGUAAAAUGCUGAGCGAAUUUCGAAAUAUCAAAAAUGGAGAUGAGUCACGUUUCACGGUCCAACAAAAACAAAGCGUAUUUCCGUGUGUAACCAAACGAAUUUUUUCCUCGAAAUCGUUAAUCUCGAUUCACGUACGAGUUUCGCGAAAAGCGCUAGCUUUUUGGCGGUCGAACAAUGGAAUUGCAUCUUGGAGCAGGGCAGGAAAUGCAAUUAAGGCCAGGAGGCCCGUUAUCGAGGAAAAGUAUCAGUCUAGUCGAAACCUUUCCUAUCAAAGAGGAACCUUGGUACCUAAGUAGUAACUCCAGGAUGGAAUCUCGAAAUCCUCGAAACAAGGCACGGGUGCAUCGAGCGUGGAAGGAAAGAAUCAGGAUUUAUCGAAGCUCGCUUUCUUAUGCGAUCGCGACCUGUGCACGCACACGCAUUGUAUGCGAGAUAGCCGACCGAUAAGCGGCCACUGAUAAUCGACAACGAUUUAUGUACGAUUCCUAUCGUGCUCGCCCUACACGUUCUCUCACGUGAGAGAUUCAACAGUUGGCUGGAAAUUUAACGAGGACAAUACCGAUCCGUAGCUACGAUUCAUCGAGGAAAAAGAUAGGCGAAUAAUAAAAUAAAAACUUGUUUUCAUAUUCGAAUGAUACUUUAAUUACAAUUUGAUAGCAAUAAAAUAUGGUAAUUUUAAUCGAAGAUUAUUCGUUGCAAAAUAUUAUCUUAAUAGAAGAUUGUUUUUCUGCGGGGUUGCAUUGUAAUAGAAACGGUGCGACGCCAAGGAGCCGAACGAAGGGUUACGAAAUCGGUCAGUUUCAAGGUUCGCAUUGUAUGCCCCGUUGCAAAAACACUUCCGACGUUUUCGUUGCACCUGUGUUUACCGGCUGCAACGAGACACGUCGAAUUGGAAGUUCCUUUCCGCCGCGACCUCGCACGCACGUUCACCUAUUGUCUGUUCAUCGUGCAUACGCAAUCGUACCAGUCUCCUUUCCUUCCCCGUCCUGUAUUCAGCUCCUUCUCUCGUCGCUCGAAUUCAUCCUCGAGAAGACAAUGUCAGGGACCAAGGAGCUCGAGAACAUCGAUAUCUAUCCCGGUGAAACGAUUCGAGGCGUUUAUUCCCCUCGAUCAAUCAGUCUGGCUAGACUGAAAAGAAAAAAAAGAAAAGGUUGUCCCGUUAAAAAGGCUCGUAUCUCUUGUCGCCUACUCGUCGUUUAUAGCAUCACCGAUCGAAGGUUAAUGUCACGACACCAGCUCCGCCAACUGGCUGGGCUGGUUUUCGUGGGUCCUAUCCCAAUAAGACGGAAAAUAGAUUUUCCUCGCGAAAUCGAGAAAGAAAAGAAAAAUAAGAUGAAAGGAAGGGCGUGAGGUAGAGGUGGUAAGAAGAAAAAAGAAAAGGAAAAAUCAGGGAGAUAGAGAGAGAGAGAGGUAAAGAGAAAAGAGUGCUGAAAGUGGAGGGAGAGAGCAUCACGAGCUUCGAACAUUGCGGUAGGCUACGCAUCCGCGCAUCUCGAGCGACGGCUCGCGACUGUGUGUGGGUGACGGUGUGUACGUGAAGUAGUCGGCGACUCUUCACGAGGCGUGUAGAGACCGAAAAGAACCGAAGUCGGCCGACGGAAAGUCCCGAACGCGGUCGGCUGGCGGCCCGAGAGUACUGUGUUCGGUGUACACGAGCGAGAGCGAGUCCGGCGCUCGUAGUUGGAGUGUGAGUCUGGAGUAGUGAGUGAACGAGUCUGGACUAGCGGGCUACCCCGGUUCCGAGUCAGUCAGUGUGCCACCGGCAACCGUAGCCUCGGUGCGGAGAACGUGGAUACGCUUCGGCAAUUCUCUGUCCUCGCCUUUUAUUUUUUUCUCUUUCUUGCCUCUUGGCUCUCCUCCGCGACAAAACACGCUACAUACUGCCCGUUUAUAUACAAUACAUCCGCACACGGGAGCAACGCGUACAAGUGAGGAAACCUAGUAAUACCGAGUAAACAGAGUUCUGUUUUCAAAAGUGCUUGUACGUGCGACCGAUAUUAUUCUCUUCGAUCCCAGGAGCUCUCGAAGACAUACGUGAUACAUUGCCAACCAUUUACUUUCGACCGUCUUCUCGUAAGCUGACUGCUGCCUUGUCACGCUCUCGUUUCUUUUCUUUUUUUUCCCCCCCCCCCUUUCUUCUCUGUCACUCCAUUUUCCUCGCGGCAAGUGCAACGUACGUUGGUGUGCUCGAACAAGGAAAAACGCGCGAGGAAUGAUCGAUCGCUCGAUACGCGCGACGCUCGAACGUUGCUGCUAGUAUCGAAAACUGUUUUGCCGCGAGAAGUUGGCGGCAGAAUAAUCCGCUUGUGCGUAACGCGUGCCACACGGGACGAACGCGUCACAUCGCAUCGCAUCGCAUCGGCUGGAACAGUUCUACCUCCCACGAAGAUACUUCUCUUUCACUUUCCACCUUUUACUAUCCUUCGGCUGCAACUUAUCGGAAUUUAACUUUCGUUAAGAAAGACGAGACGAACUGACACGGAGAGAUCCUCUCGUUCGGUGACAUUUUCAUUGUGCGUCGAUUGUUCGGUUCGAUAUAAUCGUGGAUUGUGUUUAAUCGAGGAAAAUUCUCCAUCGAGUGGCCAUCGGUGCUUUACUUUAUCGAACAUUCGAACAUCGAGUAUCCCGUUUGGAAUGUAAUGUUCCAUUGUUGCGAGCAAGUGUCGAGUAAAAAUCGUUGAGGAAUCAAGAUGGCAACUAUGCUGCCGUGGUAGCCGUGGAUCACUUUUGUGAACAGACUGCUGGCAGAUCUCGGUAAACGAGCUGGCAAAGAUUGAUACGAGAUGCUCGAGGAUCAACCGUUGGACUUGAGCGUUAGGGUGGGCGAUUAUGCCGAGUUCUCGAGAGACGAGAACGAUCAGGAUCAGGAACGUAAGGUACCGAUCGACGACUACGGGAACGCCGCGGCCGCGCUCAGGUUACGAGGAUGUUUCGUCGGUGCCGCGUCCGGCGAAUAUUCCCAGGAAAGGGAGGAUCGUACCUGUUCCGAGGACUCCGACGACUCGUGUUCCGACAACAAUCAAAAAGACGGCACCACGAGGUCGAGAUCCAGACCACCGGGCACCAAACCUUACAAGAAGAAUCUUAUGAGACGAUACCUGGACACCAGGGAGGUGCAGCCGCACGAUGUCAGCGAAAAGGAGCAGCUAGGACUUGCGAGCGUUAAAGUAGAACCAGGAUCGACCGGUACGACGACGACCAGCACGGGCACUCGCCUUUUGCACGGUAUUCUCUCCCAGCACCCCCAGCAACACGGUUUAGGGGUGCAAAACGGAUAUGGCCGUCAUUUAACUGGCCAUGCUCAGAUGGGCCAACCGCCCUACACCACUGCCACGAUCGCCACCACCAGCACACCAGGAAGCGGAUCACUGCCAGCCAGCCCCGCGGACAGCGGAGUCAGCGACGUCGAAUCCAGUACAUCCUCGGGCGGUAACGAGGAUGCGAAUCUCUUAUUGAAAGCCAGGCUUAACCCCAACUCCUCCCUCCAACCGAGCUUGGCGUCCCAUCAUUCUCAUCUGUCGUCGGCAGCACUCGGCAGGUCAGCCUGUCACAGUCCUGGUGUUUAUCCAUCGACGGCAGGUUUUUUACCGCCCUCCUACCACCCUCAUCAGCAUCACCCAUCCCAGUACCAUCCGCACAGAGGGAGUUCACCUCACCAUCAACACGGGAACCACAGCAUGGGACCGACAAUGGGACCGCCACACCAUCAUCAUCCCCACCAAACGCAGAGUCUACAACACUUGCAUUAUCGUCAGCCUCCUACAUUGUCCGAAAGCUAUAGCAGUUACGUGAAUUCGAUGUACGCGAGCGGUGGUCAGUUCGCAACUCCGUGCACGCCAAGCCCGCCAAGGGGACCCGGCGGUGUUCCAACGAGCGUGAUCCAAGCGGCUACCAGCUCGGUUUCCGACGACCUGUACCUCCUAGAGUUAGGCUUCCCUCCCCGAUCGAAAAAGAACAAGCUGAAGAAACCGCGUCAAGGCGACGGAGCGGCGGUGAAGAGGAAAUCCCGCGAGGGUUCGACCACCUACCUAUGGGAGUUUCUGUUGAAGCUGCUUCAGGAUCGUGAAUACUGUCCCCGAUACAUCAAGUGGACGAAUCGCGAACGUGGUGUCUUUAAACUGGUCGACAGCAAGGCGGUGUCUCGUCUGUGGGGUUUGCACAAGAACAAACCGGAUAUGAACUAUGAAACGAUGGGCCGAGCCCUGCGUUAUUAUUACCAGCGUGGUAUACUCGCGAAGGUCGAUGGACAGAGGCUGGUCUAUCAGUUUGUCGACGUGCCGAAAGAUAUUAUAGAAAUCGACUGUACCGGCGCGUGAGACAGGGCUCGAGCUACGAGGGAGGAACACGAUAGAAGACGAGCCGUAUGGCAAAUGAAUGAUUUGCGUGUUCGCGUUGCAAUCGUACGGAGCAACUCUUCCUGCCACAACGUGCCGAUCUGGCACACCCCUCAGACGAUCUAAAGCAUAUGCCCUCUCUCUGACUUCGUUCGUUCCUUGUUCUGUCACGCUGGUCCCUCGUUUUACGCGAACUCUCGAUUACGACCGGUCUCCCUUUACGCGGUUGACAAUCGCUUACCCCCCUUGUAGAUACGAUCACCCGGUUUACGUCCGUACGCGUUCAGGAAUAACAGUGCCAAUACCGAUAUUGUUCAUGUUCGUUCAAAAUUUUUAGCUAAAUUCUGGCACGAGAGUACCGCGUAAGCGGAAAUCUAUGUAUUAAAGGAGUACCGUGGAAAGCGAGGGAUCAAUAUACAUAUAUACCUAUAAGGGUAUGUAUAUUAAUGAACGUAUAAAGAAACAAAAUGUACGAACGCUGCCGCGAGAGGAUGAAUGUUUUUGUUUUGUCAAUGCGACAGCUACCAAUAAUUCGUUCACCGUAAUUUCGUCCUUCUUUGGUCUUUCUUUUUUUGUUACUUUUUUGACGGUGUACGUCCGAUAGUAAUCGUACUAAGCUUUACAACGUUCAAUAUAUAUAUAUAUAUAUAUGUAUAAAGAAGGAGUAUAAUUAAAUAAAUAUAUGUAUAUAUAUAUAUAUGCGUUGAGCUCGUUCAAAUUUGUACAAAAUUUAGUUCAUAAAGAUAAAUGAUGCUACGGCACAAGUGUUACUAAAUGUAUUUUAAUCGAGAGGAAAGGGAAAAAAAGAUGAAUCUAGUAUGGACAAAUUACUUAACCUAUAGUCGGAUUAUAGGCGAACAAUUGUACAUUGAAGAGCGCGCGAUAAAUUAUUUAUUGUAUAUUAGAUGAUUAUAUAUGUUACCUAGAACAAAAAAAGAAAUUGUUAUAUAUGUGUCGACGAAGAGAAAUGCGGACAAGAAAAGAGAAUGUGUAGGGAGUAUACACAUUUUACACGCACGUAAACGUGGAAAGUUUAGGAAAACAAAAAGAAAAACGAAACGAAAUGAGGGCUGUGAAAAGAUUCAGAAAGGAGGAAAUAUGAUAGAGCGGAUACGAUGAAGAUGUUUUAAAAAGAAAAUAGAAAAAAAAAAAGAUGUUUUACGGAGCGAGCUCAGGGAGAGGUACAACAUUAUUAUACAGACAAACAUAAACUCGUUACGCGUACAUGCAACACAUUUGCACAGACACAACCAAUCACACGAUACACAUUAUAUUUUUUUAAAUGUAAGCGAGAGAAAGGGCGACUCUUCUUUUUGAGCUGAGGGUUCAACAACGUAAGGUGCUGGCUAUACACAAGAGGUCCAAGAAUGUUAUUUAGCAAGCUAGUGUUACUAAUUCAUUAAAAGAAAAAAAAAAGAUUAUUGAGAAACAGACAUUAUAUCUCUGUAUAUAUAAAAAUACACCUUUAGUAUAUAUAUAUAUAUAUAUAUUAUUGAAUAUUAUAUAUAUAUUAUAUGAAUAUAUAUUGUAUGUUAUGUAGUAAAUGGAGCGAGUUAAAUGUGUCUCUAUGAGAUUUUUCCGUCACGUCGGCGUAUUAACGAAGUUAUGCAACCGUCUUCGUACGAUGUCUCUGUUCGAGUAUUUCAUUUUGUAAAAAAUAAACGCGAGUUUCCGUUUUUUUAUUCUAGUUGUAUACGCGACGGGGAUGAUGGAAGGAGUGGGUGUACGUUCGAUUGUUAAAAGUUCGAACGAUUUAUCUCUUGAUCACGCGUCCCAAAACACAAAACGCACACUAUAUAGCGUGGUCUUUCGUGCUCAUCCGAAUCAGGGACAUCGUACUUUUUAAACGUUUAGGAUAUUUUAGCCUUCCUGGCGCACGGGGCCGUUCGAACACGAUAAGUUAGAGUGAAAUUUAAUUUAUUGAACUGCCCCGGAACCUCUCAGACUACCCCUUUCCCCAAAGGACGUGACGUGCGAGUGCAAGCGUAUCCUAUAUAGUAAUAAGUUUUGUACAUAGAGAUUCGUUGAAAGCAUACUUAGGAAGAACAUAUUACGCAGGUUAUCGUUGGGAAUGAGAAAUGAGAAACAAAGAAUAAGAAGGGCCAGUGAUACCUUUGAGGUUCGUGGCUCUAUUUCGGUUAGAUACAUACGUGGUUCUUCUUGACGAUCACCUUCAAACAUUUUGAUGAAGAAAGAAAAUACAGUAAAUAAUAGAUAAAAACGAUCAAGUGCUGCCAAUAAUGCCUGUAAACGGUCCCUUGCAUUUGUUUCUGCCGCUGAAAGAAAGAAAAAUAAUACAAGCAACGUAUAAAGAGUAUAAAAGAAAUGUCUUAUUGUAAAACGUAUAAAGAAAUGUCUUGGGACGCCAGACAUACCGAUGAUACAAAGCGAAUUGCCUUCUCUCGUAGUUAACAAAGACGUGUUGCCUUCUAACAAAGAAAACAUAUAAGAAGUUCUAGCAAUUUGUAUUGUAAUACCAUCGAUUUUGUCCAGGUACUUAAACAAACAAAAAAAAAAAGAGAGACCUUUAAUAACCCUGUACCUCCCUCACCCUACUACUACUCCACCAACCGUCCCUCCGCCCCUUUUAUCAACAUAGAAUUUUGUAACUUUUGUCAAGAGAAACAUAUAUAUAUAUAUAUAUACAUAUACAUAUAAUGAGAAAAGAGUAAAAAAAGUUGAGAAACAUUUUUGGUACACGAAGACUUUUUUCAUAUCGCACUUUACAUACACGUAUCGGGUAAAGAAAAAUAAAUUACGUUUAGAAAAAUAUUAAUAAGCGAAAGGACGAAAAGUAAUACAUCAGAGUACAAUGGACAAAAAAAAAAGCAAGUACCUAUAUAAAAUAGUACCACUUCUAUACGUAAUAAACCACUUAUAAACAAUGAAUGGACACUGCAACAAUAAAUCCUAUUUUUAGGUGAAUUAAAUUUACAUAUACAUAACAAUUGACUACGCUACAAGAUAUUUUAACAGAUAAGACUUUACUGUAAUAGAGAUAAAUCUAUAAUUAUUUACCUGUAAAAUAAUACGAAGACACGAUGGAUUGACGUAAGGAACUCUAAUGUAACGUUCUGUGAUUCGUUGUUUGUAGGUGAAAUUUAAUAAAAGAUUACUGUAUCAUAAA